AUGAAUUGCAAAUACUGUGGCAAAUCACACAGCAAAGGCAAGUGCCCAGCCUACGGGACAACCUGCUCUAAGUGCCAAAAACGCAACAACUAUGCGCAGGUUUGCCAGUCAUCGGGCAAAGACCGCACCAAACGUCAGCCACAGAAAUCCACACAGAAGCUCCACCAAAUGGAUGGAGACGAAAGUGGCAGCGACGAAAGCAUCUAUACAGUGCAGUCAAAGCCCAAGCAGCAAUACUCUGUUGAGCUAGCAGUGGAGACGCCAACAAGGGAUCUGACAAAGACCAUCAGAUUUCAGCUAGACUCUGGUGCAACUUGCAGCACCAUGAAGCUGACAGACUACAAGCAGCUCAGUGACACGCCUCCGGUGCCAUCAAAGACUAAACUGAAACUGUACAAUGGCACAAUAAUUCAUCCUGUUGGAGCUGCCAGCUUGAGAUGCCAGAUCAAAGGGGUCACCAGGAAAAUCCACUUCGAGAUCGUGAAGGAUGUCCCCUCAUCUCUGCUGUCAGGUCAAGCAGCAGAAGCUCUGGGACUAAUGCAGUACGCACUGGAGUGCUUAGUGCAUGCAGUGACAGAGUCACCGACUCAAACCAAGGAACAGGUCCUCAUUGAGUACAAAGACGUAUUCACUGGCCUUGGUCGGCUACCAGGUCACUACCACAUAGACAUUGAUCACAGUGUCUCUCCAACGCAGAACAUCAGGCGCAGAGUACCCAUCCCGGUGCGGGCAGAGCUGAAACGAAAGCUAGACAGCAUGACAGCCCAAGGCACCAUUGCCCGGGUGACUGAGCCUACCAAGUGGAUCCACAACAUGGUAGUCGUCAGAAAGCCAAACAAAAUCAGGGUAUGCUUGGAUCCACACGGCCUGAAAAAGGCCAUUAAGCACAACCAUUACCCCAUUCCCACCGUAGACGAAGUAGCCCCGAGACUGAAGAACGCCAAGCUCUUGUCGGUGGUAGAUGCCAAGGACGGUUUUCUUCAAGUCGUCCUUGACGAGCCCUCCAGUUAUCUGACAACAUUUUGGACGCCUUACGGGCGUUACCGCUGGUUGAGGAUGCCCUUUGGUAUCUCAUCAGCACCGGAAGAAUUUCAGCGCAGGCUCCAUGAGUGCCUGGAAGGCCUGGAAAACAUCGCAGUGAUUGCAGAUGACAUCCUCGUCUACGGCUCAGGAGAAACGCAGGCUGAAGCAGAAGCCUCACACGACGCUGCAUUCACCGCUCUUCUUUCGAGAUGCAGAGAGCGGAAUCUGAAGCUGAACGCAGCCAAGCUACGGUACAAGCUACCCAGUGUCACAUACAUGGGACACGUCUUCAGCUCAGACGGACCCUCCAGACCCGGAGAAAAUCAAGGCCAUACUCGACAUGCCUCGCCCUACAGACGACCAGGAAGUGCUGAGACUCAUCGGAGUGGUAACCUAUCUGGCUAA